AUGUUGAAAAGUGGAUGGCAGAGAGUGACAUCGCAAAUGGCACAGUUGCGAAUCUAUCCCGUGAGACAACUGAGCCAUCAAGUUCGCAAUGGAUUGAUACUGAAUCGUUUCUCACUAUUAAGUGAAAAUAUGGGUGAGAGCAUGACCAUGCCGAAUAUAUUUCAACUAUCGAAUAAGAUGAACUGUGUUCCAGAUAUUCAAUUUGUUAAUGAAAAGGAUUUAAUACGUUCGAUAACUCAGAUUGGUGAUAUUUCACCUAUGGUAGAAGAUAAUGGUAUGCUAUUGGACUCUGUACUUAGAAAGAGAAAGAAGAAGAUGAAGAAGCAUAAACUAAGAAAGAGAAGAAGAAAGGAAAGAGCUGAAAAGAGAAAAUUGUCUCAAGGUAGGUAG